GCCGCGCGUCGGGCGCCAGGCCCGGGGCUGUGGGCACGGUGCCCAGCCCCCGGCGCACGCCGAGCCGCCGCCGCCGCCGCUGCUGCAGUCGGCAUCCAUCAGCGGGCGGGGGUGUCGCGGAACAGGCUGCUCCGCAGAGCCCGCCGCGGCCCCGUGCGCCCGCCCCGCCCCGCGGCCUCCCGGCCCCUCAGGAGCCGACGGGACGCCCCCCGCCCAGCCUGCCCAAGAUGGGGCACCCCGGGCUCAGGCGUGCUGGUCACCAUGACAACAGAGACAGGCCCCGAUUCUGAGGUGAAGAAGGCUCAGGAGGAGGCCCCACAGCAGCCCGAGGCAGCCGCUACUGCGACCACCCCUGUGACCCCAGCAGGCCACAGCGGCCACCCGGAGGCCAACUCCAAUGAGAAGCACCCGCCCCAGCAGGACACGCGGCCUGCUGGACAGAGCCUAGACAUGGAGGAGAAGGGCUAUGGGGAGGCUGAUGGCCUGUCGGAGAGGACCACGCCCAGUAGAGCCCAGAAAUCACCCCAGAAGAUUGCCAAGAAGUAUAAGAGUGCCAUCUGCCGAGUCACUCUGCUUGAUGCCUCUGAGUACGAGUGUGAGGUGGAGAAACAUGGCCGGGGCCAGGUGCUAUUUGACCUGGUCUGUGAGCACCUCAACCUCCUGGAGAAGGACUACUUCGGCCUGACCUUCUGUGAUGCUGACAGCCAGAAGAACUGGCUGGACCCCUCCAAGGAAAUCAAGAAGCAGAUCCGGAGCAGCCCCUGGAAUUUUGCCUUCACAGUCAAGUUCUACCCCCCGGACCCUGCCCAGCUGACAGAAGACAUCACAAGAUACUACCUGUGCCUGCAGCUGCGGGCAGACAUCAUCACGGGCCGGCUGCCCUGCUCCUUCGUAACACAUGCUCUGCUGGGCUCCUACGCCGUGCAGGCUGAGCUGGGCGACUACGACGCCGAGGAGCAUGUGGGCAACUAUGUCAGCGAGCUCCGCUUCGCCCCCAACCAGACCCGGGAGCUGGAGGAGAGGAUCAUGGAGCUGCACAAGACGUACAGGGGCAUGACUCCAGGAGAAGCAGAAAUCCACUUCUUAGAGAACGCCAAGAAGCUCUCCAUGUAUGGAGUAGACCUACACCAUGCCAAGGACUCCGAGGGCAUCGACAUCAUGUUAGGGGUCUGUGCCAACGGCCUGCUCAUCUACCGGGACCGGCUCAGAAUCAACCGCUUCGCCUGGCCCAAGAUUCUCAAGAUCUCCUAUAAGAGAAGUAACUUCUAUAUCAAGAUCCGGCCUGGGGAGUAUGAGCAGUUUGAGAGCACAAUUGGCUUUAAGCUCCCAAACCACCGGUCAGCCAAGAGACUGUGGAAGGUCUGCAUAGAGCAUCACACGUUCUUCCGGCUGGUGUCGCCCGAGCCCCCGCCCAAGGGUUUCCUGGUGAUGGGCUCCAAGUUCCGAUAUAGUGGGAGGACUCAGGCACAGACCCGCCAGGCCAGCGCCCUCAUUGACCGGCCUGCACCCUUCUUCGAGCGUUCCUCCAGCAAACGGUACACCAUGUCCCGCAGUCUUGAUGGAGCGGAGUUCUCCCGCCCAGCCUCGGUCAGCGAGAAUCACGAUACGGGACCUGACGGUGACAAGCAGGAGGAAGAUGGCGAGUCUGGGGGCAGGCGGUCAGAGGCUGAGGAGGGAGAGGUCAGGACCCCCACCAAGAUCAAGGAGCUAAAGCUGGAGCAGGAAACCACGCCGAGACACAAGCAGGAGUUCCUAGACAAGCCAGAGGAUGUCUUGCUCAAGCACCAGGCCAGCAUCAACGAGCUCAAACGGACCCUGAAGGAGCCCAACAGCAAGCUGGUCCACCGGGACCGAGACUGGGAGCGGGAGCGCAGGCUGCCCUCCUCGCCCGCCUCCCCCUCCCCCAAGGGCACCCCUGAGAAAGUCAACGAGUCCCGGAGGACCCAGGACACCUCUCCACAGGACUUGGCACCUGAGCCUGGGACGGCCACAGGCUGGGAAGUGUUCACUCAGAAAAGCCUCGCAGCGUCUCCUGAGGGUUCAGAGCAUUGGGUAUUUAUAGAAAGAGAGUACACUAGGCCAGAAGAACUCAGUCUCCUAAAAGUGACCACCACGCAGCAGGAAGAAAGUAAGGCAGGCCUCGCAGAUAUCCUUGCUGAUGGCAGACUCUCCAAAGUAGACAUCCUGGUGGACAAGUUCAAAGUCGAAGUGGCCACAGAAGAAAUGGUGGGAGUUAGAAGAGCAAAGACCCAGCAACAAGGAAGAAUGAUUGCAAGCCCUGAAGACUUUGAGUCAGUGUGGGAGGAAGGCCCCUGGGUCAGGAAAGGCCCAGGAGGGGCUUCUCUGGCCGCAGGCUCUGCCCUGGCAGAAAACCUCUUGGAGGGCUCCCAGUUGAGGGUGGGCACUGGGGAGGCCACCAUCAAGAAGCGCUGGAUCUCAGGUGGUCAGCUGGAGGGCCAGACAGAGCUGAGGAAGGAGCUGGAGGAGUUCCAGACUUGGGGAAGACCCACUGCCUCAGGGACCAGGUCAGCAGAGGCCGAUGUCCCUUCUCCUGCCUCCGACAACGGAGGACUCCAGUCAUUUCUGCUGGACCCCACCCAGUCGGAAGCCAGAGCUGACUCGAGUGAUGAAAACGAACCUUCCUUUGCAGAGAGGAGCUUCUAUCUGAACUAUGAAGAGAAAGAUUCUGAAGACCAAGUCCUCCCUCCGCCUCUGGAGGAGAGGGAAGAGUGCCUGGUCCCCCUUCCCGUUGAUGAGACCAGGCUGGAGCUCUCAGAGAGCUCUGCGCUGAAUUCCUCAAGCCCACAGGGCUCUGCUGCAUCUUCCAGCAGGAACAAGGACCAAGAGGGUGAAGCUCACAAGCCUUCCUUAGAGGAAAGGGCAGGGUCCCCUGGGAACCGCAGAAGACCAGGUGGCCUGGAGGCCUUUGCUGAGCAGCUCGGUAAGGGACCUUCUCCAGGGCAGACAUGUGCUGAGGACUGGGAAGAAGCUGGGCGGGGGGUGGAAGGAGAAUUCAGCUACUCAGCAUCCAACCUAGGCAUGGAGGAAGAGGCCCCCAACGGUGGAGAUUUGGUGGAAAAGGCUGAGAACAGUCCCCCAGCAGGAUGGAAGGACCACACACCUCACAGCGCAGGGGCUCUGCGCCCAGACCUCCCAGCCUGUGCCCUUCCUCGGACCACCCCUCCUAAUGAUGUCAGGAAGCCAGCCAAGCCAGGCAGAGGCAACUUCCCGCCCCAAGACCGGGGCCGGGUCCACAUCCAAACAGGAGAACCUGCGACGGAGGACAGAAAGGCCUCAGCGUUUCUUCAGAUGGAAGUGCUUGCUCCCCUCCCAGCCUCUCCUGGUCCCUUUCAAGUUCAGGCAGCUCUGGAGGAAACUUCUCCAAGCCCAGCCCCUCAUGGGUCAAGGGAGCCUCUGCAGCUUGGAGAUCCUUUUGGAGAACAGUCCCCUGUGUUUCUCAAACAUGCCCAUCCUCUUAAAGAGAGCCCAGAACCCAAGGACCGAGGAGGACCGUUCAUGACCUCAGACGGAGGUGAGCGCCGGGCACCUCCCGUUGCCAGCAGAAAGCCCAGAGUUGUCUCUGAACGAGCCGAGGGGACUAUUCCCCUGGGGUUGGUGUUCCCUUCAGGGAAGCCAAAGGAGAUAACCUCUUUCCAGGCUGCGGGCCAGGAGGGCUCCCUGGAAGAUAUCAGCAAGACCUCAGUGGCCAACAAAAUUCGGAUCUUUGAGACCCAUGGAGCUGAAACUCGCAGAGCAAGUCAGAGUGAAACAAGGGCCCUCAUAAACGAGUUGUCUUCAGAGGCCUCCGUGGGUCAGGUAGAGCAACAGCGGAACAAGCUUCUGGACCUGGGCUUCAUCCAGCUUCAGCCCCCAGGGGACUUCGCUGGCCCCAAGGCCACCCAUUCCUCAGUGACGCCGCUGGCUGCCAGCCACUUCAGGGAGGGCAUUGCUACCACAUCGGCCCAGGAAGGAUGCACGGACCUCGAGCUCGUGUCCCCCGAUUCGGGCUGCGAAACUGCGCUGGAGGAAACCACGGUGGGCACUGGCCACAACAAAUCCGGAGAUGCGGUCAGGGAAGAGAAGCCCAUCACCAGCUUAGCAGCCAACCCCCCUGGAAAAGGGGGGCACCUGAGAUUCGCCAGCCCCUCGGGCCCUCAGAGAGCAGGGCUAAGGGAGGGCUCAGAGGAGAAGGUCAAACCACCUCGUCCCAGGGCCCCAGAGAGUGACACGGGAGACGAGGACCAGGACCAGGAGAGGGACGCAGUGUUCCUGAAGGACAACCACUUGGCUAUUGAGCGCAAGUGCUCCAGCAUCACAGUCAGCUCCACGUCGAGCCUGGAGGCUGAGGUUGACUUCACGGUCAUUGGUGACUACCAUGGCAGCGCCUUCGAAGACUUCUCCCGCAGCCUGCCUGAGCUUGACCGUGACAAAAGCGACUCGGAGACCGAGGGCCUGGUGUUCUCCAGGGAUCUCAACAAGGGGGGCCUCGGCCAGGAAGACGAGUCUGGUGGCAUCGAGGAUAGCCCGGAUCGAGGGGCCUGCGCCACCCCAGAUAUGCCCCAGUUUGAGCCUGUGAAAGCGGAAACCAUGACUGUCAGCAGCCUGGCCAUCAGAAAGAAGAUUGAGCCCGAGGCUGUGCUGCAGACCAGAGUCAGCGCUAUGGACGCUAGCCAGCAGGUUGAUGGGACUGUCCCAGGGGGAAAGGAGUCCAUAACAACCACUCCCUCCAUCACCACAGAGACCAUAUCGACCACCAUGGAGAACAGUCUCAAGUCCGGGAAGGGGGCAGCUGCCAUGAUCCCAGGCCCACAGACGGUGGCCACGGAUAUCCGUUCUCUUUCUCCGAUCAUCGGGAAAGAUGUCCUCACCAGCACCUACGGCGCCACCGCGGAAACCCUCUCCACCUCCACCACCACCCAUGUUACCAAAACUGUGAAAGGGGGAUUUUCUGAGACGAGGAUCGAGAAGCGGAUCAUCAUCACUGGGGAUGAAGAUGUUGAUCAAGACCAGGCCCUGGCUUUGGCCAUCAAGGAGGCCAAGCUGCAGCAUCCUGACAUGUUGGUAACCAAAGCUGUCGUAUAUAGAGAAACAGACCCGUCCCCAGAGGAGAGGGACAGGAAGCCACAGGAAUCCUGACCUCUGUGAAGAGAUGCUGGCGCUUCUGGUCCAACCCAAGCCAGAGAACCGUUAAGAAGGGGCCUUCAUUCUGGAUUCUCCGACUCAACACCGCAGUCCCAGCUGUGACGUACUGUCACCGAAGAGGGACUGGGAAAGGAAAAGCAUAUAUAUAUAGAUAUAUAUAGAUAUAGAUAUAUAUACAGGAAACACCGCGUGCUUGCACUGCUGCUGGGGCUGGCCGCACCUUCGGCCAACAGUAACAACCAACAUCUGAACACCUACAUUUCCUUUGCAGACAAAUUGAAGAACUGGUGGGAUUUUUUCAGGAAAAAAAAAAGUAUAUAUAUAUAUAUAUAUAUAUAUAUAUAUAUAUAUAAAAUGACAAUAAUCUCUCACUCCCCCUUUUGAAGCCCUGCGGAAUGACAAAAGCAAGCCAGACCACGAUGAUCGUAGGAGUCCAAAACGACCCUGGUUCUGCACGUUACCUUGCGUGGACAAACAAGCAUUCCAUUUGUCCUGAAGCGUGUGCUGCCCACUACAAUGCAAAGGAAACACUCUUGCAGCAAAGCAAGAGAACUCUCAGCAGCGAGACACGUGCCGUCAACCGUUUGCCAAGAAAGAAAGAAAAUCCCCCCACUCGGAAAGGAGGAACACUGGAUUAUUAUUUUUGGGGUCUUGACACUGGGCUGCAAAAUCCACCUUCCUUUCUUCCGCCUCCCCUCCCCAUCGACUCACAUGUCUUGUUGUCAUUUCUGUCUUGGCUCCCUCCUCCCCCUCCCCCACCCUCUGUAUCCCGGUCCUGCCGAUGACUCUGGUUUGAAACAAGAAAAAGAAGAGAAAGCAAGCGCAGAAAACCCAGCCACAGGAAGGAAAGUAGACAUUGUGUGUUCAUGGGUUGUCAUGAUGAAGGUGCAGCUUAUAGGAGAUGUGUAUGGGUGUGCUUUUAAGUUAUGUAUAUGACAUAUAACAGGAAACAAAUAAUUAAAAUAAACAGUGCUGGUAAGUAUGAAGCUGACAUUUUAAAA